AUGAAUAGUGCUUAUUUAAAUAAUGAUGAUCAUGAUCAAAAAGAUGAUGAUAAUCAUAAUAGAACAUCUCAAUUUGGUAUGAUUGACUUUGAAUAUACUGGAAUGGUGGAGAUUGAGGGAAAGAUUGGUUUCUUGCCUCAACAUUUUGAAGAAAUUACUAAGGGUGAUGAGUCGACAAUUAUUACCAUGUUGAAAUUCUUUCCUGAUGCUGAUAUUCAACAGUUUUUGGAACAACCUUUGCAACCACUUUCUGAGGAGUGGUAUAAUGAGUUGAAUUCGAUAAUUGGAGAUGAGAUUUAUCAGCAGACGAAACUUAUUGGAUUGAAUAAUGAUUUAUUGGAACAACCAUUUGAGAGUUUGAGUGGUGGAGAGAAAACCAAGUCAAUUCUGUGUGCUCUAAGUAUUGUGAAACCUGACAUUUUAUUAUUGGAUGAACCAACUAAUCACCUUGAUGUGCAAGGUAUUGAAUGGUUGGAACAUUUCUUGAAGGAUUAUGAUGGAGCAGUUGUGAUGGUGACUCACGACAGAACAUUGAUUAAUUCAGUUUCUAAUAGAAUUUCAGAACUUUCUCCUCACACCAAAAAGUUUGUUCACUUCAGGGGAGGAUACGAAAAUUAUCUUGCUCAAGAGGAAAAGAAACGUCAACGAGCCAUGCAAGAACGUGAACUUCAAGAUAAGGAAUUGAAAAACCUGAAACAAAAGUCAAUUCAGAUGGCAUCUUCCAUGAAAGCUAGAAAAUUGAGAGAUCCAAAGAAUAGGGAUAAACUCAGUUAUAACAAUCAAGAGGAACGAGUUCACAAGGGUACCUCCAAAGCAUUUAAUCAAAUCACGAGAAAGCAAGAACACUUGCUCGAGAAUAGAACAGAUUUAAUUCAAGAACGAAACAAAAUUUCGUUCGAAUUUGAUGAAAGUUCUAUUGCAUCCUCUCUAAGUAUUGAAUUAUCGGACUUGUCCAAAUCCUUUGCCCAAAAACCUCUCUUCCAAAAUCUUUCCUUCACUUUGGUUAGUGGAGAUCGAUUAAUCAUUCAAGGACCUAAUGGUUCUGGAAAGACAACCUUAAUGAACAUAAUUAUGGGAUUGACAGAAUCCGAUGAAGGAAGUGUAAAUAUUAGUAAGCAUGCCAAGAUUGGUUAUUUAGAUCAGGAACAGGAAAAUAUGCCACUCGACAAGACUGCAAUUGAAUUGUUGAUGGAAGAUUCGAGUAUUCAAGCAACAAAACAAAAGGUUAUUACUGAAUUGUGUAAUCUUGGAGUUUAUACUUGGCAUGAUUUGAAUUCACCAUUGAAAUCGUUGAGUAUUGGAUGUAGAAGAAAGGUACAGCUAUGUAAAAUAAUCAUGCAAAAAUGCUCAAUUUUGGUAUUGGAUGAAUUGACUAAUCAUAUUGACUUUCCAAGUUUAGAAGUAAUCGAGGAAGCAUUAAUGAAUUUUCCUGGAAUUAUCAUUGCUACUUCACAUGAUAGAUACUUUACUGAGAAAAUUGCAACAGACAUUAUCAAUCUCGAAGAUUACUCUCCUUUACAAGGAGAAGAUUCCACUUUAGAAUAA